CGUCCCAAACUGGCGUUGAAUUCUCUCCAACCACUACUCCGUUCACUACUAGUAUAUCCGUUUUUUUGAGACACUCCAAUCAAGAUGUCGAUGAAAGCUAUUGUAAAAAGCGUCAUUUCGGGUGACUCCCUUGUCCUUCGUGGUCGACCGGGCCCCCAAGGGCAGCCGCCCAAAGAAAGAGUUCUCCAUCUUGCUGAUGUUAGUGCACCUAGGAUGGGCUCAUCUAGUAGGGAGGAUGAGCUUUGGGCAUUUGAAUCCCGAGAAUUUUUACGCUCACUGGCCGUAGGAAAAGAAAUAUCUUUCACAUCCACGCAUUCGUUACCUCCGAAUGAAGAUGUCCCUCGAGAUCUAGGCUCUGCAGAAAUAGGUGGUCUUGAUCUGGCCUCGGAAAUCUUGAAAAAUGGGUGGGGAAAAAUCAAGGAAUCAAAACGAGACCCGACCGAGGAAGAUCUUCGCAAACGGGAGCUUGAGAAUGAAGCUAAAGCUGCUGGUCUUGGAGUGUGGAACCCUCAUGGUCCUAAAGCUCGCACAACACACUAUACCAUGCCUACAGACUCUCAGGCUUUUUUAUCUGAAUAUAAAGGGAAACCUCUCGAUGCCAUUGUUGAACAGGUGCGAGAUGGAUCAACACUCCGAGUCCGUCUUCUUUUGCCCGAAGGAGACCAUCAAUUAGUAAAUAUUGCGCUUGCUGGUGUACGGGCCGCUCGUGCUUCUACCAAGCAGGGAGAACCAUCAGAGCCAUGGGGAGAAGAAGCCAAAUUUUUCACUGAAUCCCGUCUCCUCCAGCGGCCCGUCCGCGUACAACUGCUGUCCUUGCCCACAUCUACUACGACACCAUUCCAGCCCAACGGUAGUGGAAGUGCUCCUGCGACAGCCUCCCUAUUCAUAGGAACCGUUCUUCAUCCUGCCGGUAAUGUGGCUGAAUUUUUGGUCGCGGCGGGCCUUGCUCGAGUAGUGGACUGGCAUGCUGGCAUGUUAGCUGCAGGUGGGGGUAUGGAACGCCUUCGAUCCGCGGAAAAAAAUGCGAGAGAAAAACGACUUUGCCUCUAUGCCAGCGCCGCUCAGCCCAGUACAUCAAAGAGCAGUACGGCGGCCAAUGGACAAACUCGUUCUUUUGAGGCUACUGUCAUCCGAAUUUGGAGCGGUGACCAGAUAUCUGUUGUGGAAAAGGGUUCCAGCAAAGAACAUCGUCUUCAGCUGAGUUCAACGAGAGGUCCAAAAUUAUCGGAUCCCAAACAAGGAUUCUACGCACAAGAAGCCCGUGAAUUCCUUCGUAAAAAACUGAUUGGCAAACCUGUCAAGUGCACCAUCGAUUUCGUACGACCAAAAGAGGGUGAAUAUGAUGAACGGGAGUGCGCCACCGUCCGAUUUGGCAAUCAAAAUGUCAACGUAGCCGUACAACUAAUAGAGAAAGGUCUCGCAAGUGUGGUCCGUCAUAAACGCGAUGACGAAGACCGCUCUCCUGAUUAUGACAGUCUCAUGGCUGCAGAGGCGGCUGCUGCUGCUGAGUCUCGAGGUAUUCACUCUGGUAAGGAUGUGCCACCACUCAAGCAAUCGCUCAAUAUCUCAGAGUCGAGCACCCGUGCAACCCCAUUUUUAAAUGGGUUCAAACGUCUGGGACGUGUUCCCGCCGUUGUCGAAUAUGUAGCUGCUGGUUCACGGUUUAAGCUCCUGCUUCCCAAAGAUAAUCAGACACUCACUCUUGUCCUCGGCGGCAUUCGCGCCCCUCGAACCGCUCGCAAUCCGUCCGAAAAAAGCGAACCUUUUGGCCCCGAGGCUUUCGAAUUCGCAACCAAGAAGUACAUGCAGAGAGACGCUGAAUUCGAAGUUGAGUCUGUAGACAAAUCUGGAGGAUUCAUCGGAUCCCUCUACCUCAAUAAAACCGAAAAUGCGGCUGUUGUUCUGGUCAAAGAAGGGUUAGCUAGCGUUCACUCAUACUCUGCUGAUUCAUUGUCAUGGUCGAAGCAACUAUAUGAUGCCGAGAGCGAGGCUAAAUCAGCAAAGCGGAACCUUUGGCAGGACUACGAUGAAUCCGCAGAGAAAGCUGCGGUUGCACCAGAGAUUGAAGCAGGUCCUAUGAAAUCGAAGUACAUCGACAUAAUCAUAAGUGACGUGAGGACUACAAAUUUUGGCUUCUCAGUUCAAAUACUCAACACAGAAGGCAUCGCUUCUCUGGAAAAAUUGAUGCGCGACUUUUCGCUACAUCACCAAGGUGCAGUAGCCGUCCCUGCUGGCUUCACACCAAAGAGCGGAGACUUGGUAUCUGCCAAGUUCUCUGAUGGCGCGUGGUAUCGUGCCAAGAUUCGGCGUGCUUCACCUAUCAAGAAGGAAGCAGAAGUCACUUUUAUUGACUAUGGGAACCAGGACAGCGUUGCAUUCAAAGACAUUAGACCUCUUGCGCCUCAAUUCCGCUCACUUCCUGGUCAGGCACGCGAAGCUCGACUUUCCUUCAUCAAGCUCGUCGAUCCCGAAAGCGAAUACUAUGCGGAGGCCAUUGACCGUUUCCGCCAACUGUGUGAGGGCCGCAAACUAGUCGCAAACAUUGACGCACAAGAGGGUCCUCUUCUGCACCUCCGUCUUAUUGAUCCUCAAAAUCCACAGUCAGCUACCGAUCCUUACGAGUGUCUGAAUGCCGAGCUAUUGCGAGAUGGUGUAGCUACCAUUGAUCGCAAGUGCAACUACCUUUCGGCGUACCCGCAACUGCUCAGAAAACUGAAAGACAGCGUUCUAGAAGCCAAGAAGGAUAGGGCUGGGAUGUUUGAAUUUGGUGAUGUGGAAGAGGACGACUGAGUGCAAAUGAAUAUAUCUACAUCUACAAACUGUUUACAUGGAGUUGCAGUAGAGUCCGAAUGUCAUCAAACUUGUUCGGCACAUGCCUUACAUUGCGUAAG